AUGGUUCCACCUCGUAAGAGUCACGUCUUUCGUCCAGAAAACGUCUUAAAGCGUGCUGAAGAUUUGAUUGGAGUUGGAGAAAGAGAAGCUGCUUUAGAUACUGUUUAUGAUUUAAUUACUUCAAAACGUAUUCGUUAUUUACAAGUUGCAGAUUUAGAACCAAUUGCUCUUUUACUUGUUGAAUUAGCUGUUGAUUUACGUAAAGGUAAAUUAGCCAAAGAUGCAUUACACCAAUAUAAAAAGAAUGUUCAAUUAAAUGAAGGUGGUUUAGAAUCGGUUCAAACUAUUGUCGUUAAAUUUAUUGAGUUAGCUGAAAAGAAAUUAAAUGAAGCUCAAGCAAAAGCUGAUAUUAGAAUUGAUCAAGAAGAAGAUGAAGAUUUAGAAGUUGCUCAAACUCCUGAAACUAUUCUUUUGAGUGCUGUUUCUAAUACUGAUUCUGCUGAUAGAACUGAGCGUGAAUUAGUUACUCCAUGGUUAAGAUUCCUUUGGGAAGCUUUGAGAGCUGUUUUAGACAUUUUGAGAAAUAAUUCCAAAUUAGAAGUUACUUAUUCUGCUAUUGUCAGUCAAGCCUUUAAAUUUUGUUUGAAUUUCAAGAGAAAGGCUGAAUUUAGAAGAUUAUGUGAAUUAUUAAGAACUCAUAUGCAAUCUAUUACUACUCCAACCAAGCCAGCUUCCAAUUUCAAUGCAAUUGAUUUAUCUGAUUCUGAAACUGUUCAACGUUAUUUGGAUCAAAGAUUUUCACAAUUAAACAUUGCUGUUAAGUUAGAAUUAUGGCAAGAAUCAUUCAGAUCAGUAGAUGAUGUCCAUAGUUUAAUCACUGCUUCAAAAAAGGCACCAAAACCAAGUAUGAUGGCCAAUUAUUAUGAAAACUUGGCUCGUAUCUUUGCUGUUUCUGACAACACUUUAUUCCAUGCUGCUGCUUGGAACAAGUUCUUCAACUUGUAUUCUCAAUCUCCAUUAGCUACUGAUGAAGAAUUAAAACGUUAUGCAUCUGUUUUGGUUUUAUCUACCUUAUCCAUUCCACAAAGAGUUAUUCAUGGUGAUGUUGAUGAACAAAAGACCAAGAACUCCAAAUUAUCUUCAUUAUUAAACUUGAACCGUGUCCCUACUAGAGAUGGAUUAAUCAAGUCGAUUAUUUCUAAAUCUAUUUUAGAAUUUGUUGAUGAGCCAAUCAAAUCCUUAUUCCAAUUAUUAGAAGGUGGUGAUUUCCAUCCAUUAGCCAUUAAGGAACAAGUCUGUUCUGUAUUCAAAUCAAUUCAAGCUGAUAAGGAUUAUAAGAACUAUAUCCCAACCUUAACUGAAGUCAUUUGUAUUAGAAUCUUCCAACAAGUUGCUCAAGUCUAUGAAACUGUUAAAUUAGAUUUCGUUAUUUCUUUAGGUAUUUUCCCUGAAUUGGAAGAAUACACAUUAUCCGAAUUAGAAGUUGAAGAUUUAAUCGUUAAUGCCGUCAAGGAUGGUCAUGUUGCCUUAACCAUCGAUCAUGAAUCCGAUGUAGUUUCAUUCAAAUCCAAUCCAUUAGAAGAACCAAUUGAAGAAUAUUUAUCCGUGACUGAAAAAUUACAAAUUUCUCCUGCAGAAUUAAUCAGAUCUCAAAUUUCAAGAUUGGCUGCCACUUUGUCUGAAUCGGUCAGAAUCAUUGAUCCAAACUAUGAAUCUCGUCAACAACAAGCCAGAGAAAUUGCAUUACAACGUGCCAUGAACAAUAUCGUUCAAGAACAACAAGCAUUAUGUGACCGUACUAAGAUUCUUGAAGAACGUAAAGCAUUGGCUGAAAAACGUAGACGUGAAGAAGAAGAAAAACAAGCCAGAUUAAGACAUGAAAGACUUGUGGCUGAACAAAAGGCAGAACAAGAAAGAAUUGCUGCUGAUGCUGAACGUAAGAAAUUGGAAAAAUUGGAAAAGGAAAGAAAACAAAUUCAACUUAAUGAAAAGAGAAAACUUGCCGAGAUGAUUAAUGCUAAGGGUAUUAUUAAGGUUGAUUUGGAUAAAUUAGAAGAAUUAGAUACUGAUCUAUUACAAGCUAUGCAAAUUGAACAAUUAAAUAAAGACAAGAAGGAAUUGGAAGAUAAAUUGAAAACUACCGCCAAGAAAGCUGAUCAUUUGGAAAGAGCAUUCAGAAGAUAUGAAUUACAAUAUUUGGAAAAAGAUGCCGAAGAACAAGUCCAAAAAGAACGUGCUGAUUAUGAACUUAUCAAACAACGUAAGAUUGCUCGUGCCAAGAAGGAAUACGAUGAUGCUAUUGCAUUGAAGGAAAGAUUACAACGUGUUGUUCCAGAUUUCACCAAACUCAAGGCUGAAAUCGAUGCCAAGAAUGCCGUCAAACUUGCUGAAUUGAAAAAGAAGGCAGCUGCUAAAUUUGAACAAGCUAAAGCCGAACGUAUUGAACAAGUUAAACGUCAACGUAUUGAAGAAUUAAGAAAUAGAAAAGAAAGAGAACGCAGAGCUGCUGCUGAAGAAGCUGCUAGAAAGAAGAAAGAAGCAGAAUUGAAGAUUCAACAUGAAAAAGAUGCCGAAAUUGCUAGACAAAGAGCUGCCGAGGCUGAAGCUGCUGCUAAGAAGGAAGCUGCUGAAAGGGCUGCUGCUGAAGCUGCUGCUGCUAAGAAACCAAUGACUUUUGCCGAAAGGAUGAGAUUGAAGAGAGAAGGAAAAUUAAAUUAA